ACGAUGAUUAAUCUCUAUCAUAUCAUGUUUUAGCAUUGCCAUCGGUCAUGUACCUCAUUUUUCUGUAGUUUCGUGGUCCAUAUGAUAUCAUGAUUUAGCAUUGUGAUUUGUGACAUAUCUGAUUUCUAUGUGGAUUGAUUUACUUUUUGUGGUCUCUUCAUCAUCAAGAUUUUGCAUGUCAACGCUUCCGAUGAUAUUGCGGUAAUUUUGCAUGACUUGUAUUUAACUGCAAUUUUCCGUUACAUGUCCGCAAUUGCGUUACUUGAGGUUGAUGUAUUUAACUGCUCUUUUCCGCAAUAAAAAUGAUCUCAACACGACAAGGAUUGGAUUUGUUAUCCGUGUUAUGCUUUACUAUUUCGUGUGAUUUAACAUUAUGCUUUUUUACCAAUUUAUUUUUUAUGACAAGAAACCGAUUUUCUUUGUUGUUUAAUUUAUUUGUUGUGGCAUCUUCUCGAGUUUUUCUGAGGCUUGACAUGUCAAGGUUUUUUUUAUAUCUACGUGUCCAAAAUUGCGUUAAAUGUGGCUGCUACACGACAAGGGUUGGAUUCGUUAUCUGUGUUAUGCUUUAAUAUCUCGCGUGAUUUAAUUGUGGAUUGAUUUAUUUGCCAUGUCAUCUUUCUCAUGGUUUUUCGAGGCAUGACACGUCAAGGUUUUUUAUGUCUAUGCGUCCACAAUUGCAUUAAUUCUGGGUGCAUCAGUUGUAUCUAACCGCAAUUUUCUGCAAUACAAGGAUCACAACACGACAACGGUGUAAAACCUUGUUUUCCAUGCGUGUCCUUCCUGAAUGUUGGGUUCUGAUUAGCUUUGAUUUUUUUUCCUUCAGAAAAAAGAAUGAACUUUAAUGAGAGAGGUGUUUCACUAUUUUAUUUGAUUUAAUUGUAAUUUAUUUUAUUUAUCUUUUGCUGAUUCUGCCUUUUUUGGCUUAAAAUCUAUGCUAUAUAUAGCCUUUUAUUCCCGAGCUUUUGGUGUGAACUGCAUUUAGGGGCCGGGCAGUUCAAUAUUUUAUUAAUGCAUUUUGAUUAAAAAAGGAGUCUUGAUUGAAGUAGGCUUAUCAUUUGAUAUGCGAUGUGCCAACAACUAAAUAAGCAGGUCCAUGAAGGUGCUUAUAAAAGUCAAAGGAAUUGCUCUUGAUCCUUCUAAAUUUAGUAAAUUGAGUAUGGAGGAAAAAAGAGAGCUUGUAUAUGAAAUAUCUAAAUCGUCUCAUGAUGGUGCAUCUGAGAUACUACAGUCAUGGAGCCGUCAAGAGAUUUUACAAAUAUUGUGUGCUGAGAUGGGAAAAGAAAGGAAGUAUACUGGGCUGACAAAGGUGAAAAUUAUCGAAAAUCUUCUGAAAAUUGUUUCCGAAAAGAAAUCAAGUGGCCAUGAUAUUGCCACCGACCCUGAACCACAUUCUUUUCCUGAAAAUGGUCAGAAACCUGCUAAAAGGCAGAGAAAAAUUGAGAAUCCAUCUCGGUUAGCUGUUCCUGAAAACAAUGUUUUUGUCAAUAACAGUGGCGAUGUGAAUCAUAAUACCUCAUACUGCAAAAACUCAGCAUGCAAGGCUACGCUAAAUCAAGGAGAUGCAUUUUGCAAAAGGUGUUCAUGUUGUAUUUGUCAUCAAUAUGACGACAACAAAGACCCUAGCCUGUGGUUAAUAUGCAGCUCUGAAGCUCCAUUUCCUGGUGUUUCUUGCGGCUUGUCAUGCCACCUUGAGUGUGCUUUAAAACAUGAUGGUUCUGGAAUUGGCAAAGAUGGCAAACGCCCCAAACAUGAUGGAGGCUUCUACUGUGUCUCUUGUGGGAAAGUAAAUGAUUUACUCGGAUGCUGGAGAAAACAAUUGAUGGUAGCAAAGGAUGCCAGACGUGUGGAUAUACUAUGUUACCGUGUCUCCUUAAGCCAAAAACUUUUACAAGGGACUGAAAUGUAUCGAGAACUUUAUGAAAUUGUUGAUGAAGCAGUGAAGAAACUUGAACCUGAAGUGGGUCCACUGACUGGCUCACCACUGAAGAUUGGUAGGGGGAUUGUGAACAGGCUUUCUUCGGGACCUGAAGUUCAGAAACUCUGUGGUGUCGCUCUUGAAUCACUUGAUUCAAUGCUUUCCAAAAGGAUCUCGCCUCUGUCUCCCAAUCCAACCAUUCAAGAUGCAAGUUUACUAGCACCAAAUAUGGUGAGGUUUGAAGAUGUCACUGCAACAUCCCUCACUGUUAUUUUGUGUUCGGAAGAUGCUUCUGGAGAAAAUAGUGCUAGUUAUGCUGUGUGGCAUCGCAAAGCUGAUGAUGUGAACUAUCCAUUGGACCCGACUUGCACGAUUCUCCUACCAAAUAGAAGACUUGGCAUCGAGGGUCUACUUCCAGAUACAGAAUACAGAUUCAAAUUUGUUUCCAAUGAUCCGAGGAUGUUGUGUGCGUGUGAGGUUCAAGUCUUGACAGCGCAUGGUGAAGAUGAAGUUCCAAAUUGCUCAGCAACGGAAAGAAGUCAGAGCCCAGUAACCAACGGUAGCAGCCUUUCCAAUCCGUCAUCAGUAGAAGAUGAAACUAAUCACAGCGACCAGACUGAUAAUCGAUCAGAUAAUUAUCCUUCUUAUCACAAGGACAGUGACCAGCUUGCUCCUGGAAAUCUAUCUAAUGAUGCGAAUAACUGUUCUGGUUUGGGUGGAGUAGGAAUCCCCAACAAUGCAGAUUCCUUGUCAGACAAGCAAGCUGAUGUAGGAACAACUGCCAUCAUAGCUAGUUCUGAUGUACCAAAGCUUGAAAACAAGCAUUCACAAGAGGAACAAGUAGCCGAGGACAUGAGCACCGAGGAUGGGUCAGUUCCAACGGGAAGGGAAUGUGUUCCGUUAGUAGGUAGCUCAAAAGGGGGAUUGCCUAAUACUCCCUGCAAGUUGGAGAUAAUUAAAGAUGGUCGGGGAAGAAAAGGUAGAUCCAAAUUCAGUGGCAAAGAUCUAGAAAAUGGAUCCGGGAAAAGGAAUGUCCUUCGAGAUGGAAGCACAUCCAAGAAGAGAAGUAGUGAAAGGCAAGACGAGGGCUGCAAGGCUAAUAGUUUCUCAGAUCAGGAUUUCGAGUAUUAUGUGAAGGUGAUUAGAAGGUUAGAGUGUGAAGGACACAUUGAAAAGAACUUCAGGCAGAAAUUUCUGACUUGGUACAGCUUAAGAGCAACCUCUCAAGAAAUAAGGAUUGUGAAAAUAUAUGUAGAUACAUUUCUUGAAGAUUCCGCUUCUCUUGCAGAGCAACUUGUGGACACCUUCUCAGAAUGUGUAUCAAACAAGAGAUCAUCAGUGCCUGCAGGAUUCUGCAUGAAGCUUUGGCAUUGACCCUAUUUUGUCGGUCCAACUACUAGCCAUGAAGCUUGAAGCCCUCAUGGGUUGUGAUGAAUUAAUUCUUUAGAUUUAUGAUAUUCUUCUUUUAGACAGUUAUCAAAAAUAUUAAUUUCAACAUUGUCAUUCAUAUUGAUGAUGUAAGAAUUUUAGAUUUACUUAAGUUUACAAUUGCUAUUUAAAAUUGUUAACUUUAUAUAGAUAACAUUCAAGGGUUUAUGUUAAACUGAAUUAUAUA